AUGACUUCAGCAAUUCAGAAAAUCAUUAACUAUGCAAUACCUACAAGAGAGCUUAGAAAAUCCAUUGAUUGGUUGUUUCAGCAACACAGGAGGAGAAGCAGCAAAAGUAGAAGCAGAAGUAGAAGCAAAAGCAGAAGCAGAGAUGAUAUAAUUAUAGAACCACUGAUUCCUAGUUCUACACACAAACUAUCUCCAGUUUGUGAAGACAUGAUAGAAGCCAUAAGACAAGGUUUAGAAUCAGGACAGUCUCCUAUUAAAGUCUCAGAUGGAACAGGUGGAGUAUACUUCAUGCCAAAUGCAAAAGGAAAAAUAAUUGGUGUCUUCAAGCCAAUGGAUGAGGAGCCUUAUGCUUUAAACAACCCUAAAAACUAUACUUCAACUACCAAAGAGCCUUACAUGACUAAAGGUGUUAAAGCUGGGGAAGGCUGGUAUAGAGAACUUGCAACUUACAUAUUAGAUCAUCCUCUUAGAGGUCCAAGGAAGAAUGGUGAUGAUGAAGUUGGCUUUGCAGGGGUUCCUCCUACCAUGUUAGUAAAGUGUUGCCAUGCAGUUUUUAAUGGCAACUCUGAAAUGAACAAAGUGAAAGUGGGUUCCUUACAGAAGUAUGUCAAAAAUGGCUAUAGUUGCGAAGAGAUGGGAUCAAGUAAAAUUCCUGUAAAUGAAGUGCACAUGAUUUCUAUUUUGGAUAUUCGGCUGGCAAAUGCAGAUAGACAUGUGGGGAAUAUUUUGUAUUUGGAAAAUAUAGAUUCCCCUGAUCGACUUGUUCCUAUAGAUCAUGGUUAUUGCCUUCCAGAGAGCUUUGAAGGAAUUACACUAGAGUGGAGAUUCUGGCGUCAGGCGUAUAUGCCUUAUAGCCUGGAGAUGCUCAAGUACAUAGAAUCUUUAGAUGCAGAAAAGGAUAUUGAAAUGCUUAAGCUUCAUAAAUUGAAGAUAUCUCCUGAAUCAUGUCUUGUGUUGCGCAUUUCUACCAUGUUAUUGAAGAAGAGUGCAGCUGCCGGUCUUACUGCUAAUAAUAUUGCUUGUAUAAUGUGUAAGGUGAAGGUUGAUGUAGAGGCAUCUGAUAUCGAAAUUAUAUUAGAAGAAGCAGAAAAGGCCAUACCUCCAGGAUCUAGUGAAGUGGUUUUCCUUGAAGCCGUCUCUGUAAAAAUUGACAGUUAUAUAGCAAACAUGAAGAAAUGA